CUGGGGCUACAAAUACCGCUGCGAACCCCUCCCCGCUGCUCCAGAGCUGAUCAAUCAUUUUCUGCAUUCUAUCUGCAAUUCUCCAUUGGAACUCGAAAACUGCGAAGUCUGCAACAAGGUGUGGUAUACUUUGUAUUCAUAGCAGCGAAACCUCUACCUGCGCGAAGCACGCUUCUCCCCUCCGAGUGCUACUCCUAUAAAGGGGCUCUUCUCUAGCCCAUCGUAUCUGGCCUCGUACCAUUUCAAAAUGCCGUCCUUCGUCGCCCCCUGCUCCCCCCAGGCCCAGGGGCCCGUCGCCCGCCCACCGCUCGAUGACGAGUGGUACGUGAUGGAGCGUUAUGCCGCCCACGCCUCACACUGUGCUCCAUGUGCCCAUCCUUACACAACACUCCGAACCGGCCAGUCUCUUUGCGCACGCGGCGCUCGCCAUGUCACCAACAUGGCUCAAUAUGUCUACACCCACAACGGCAAAGCCUACUCCGUCGCGGCGAAAAACCGCGGUCUUGUCCACGAAAUCGAAAUCCCAGCCAACUUUGAGGCUGUCUCUGAAUUGAUGCGUGCACUUGAGUACGGCCUCAAGAUUAAGAAAGCACAGGCUCGCGUUGUCGUCCACGACCAACGAAGUGACGCUGAGCAAGGACCUGCAACGCCCGUUACCCCAGCGGGCCCCCAGAUGCUUGAAACGCCUGUCGCGAUGCAACCUGGUAAUCGUGACGAUUCUAAGGCUCUUACGAUCCAGCAAACCAAGGCCAUUCAGAAGCGCCCCGACGAUGGCAACUUGCGCGGCACCUUGUACAAAGAAGACUUGUCUGUCAAGCCUCUCGAAAAGCACUACACUGGUCCUCGAAUCAAGACUCCUCAUCAGUAUCUCCGAUGAAUUAGUUCGGGGUCACAUUCGAACGCGACACUCUUCAAUUUCAAGACGCCAAACAUAUUUUCUUAUAGCGUUCCUGGCUAUUGUGGGAUUGAUCCAAGAACUUUUAUCAACAGCUUUACGCUCUAAUCAAAAGAAUAUUCCGGGCAACCGACGCCAAUUUUUUUUCCGUUCCGGCAAAAAUUCCCUUAUUUGGCAAGGCGGUUAGUUUGCUUUGGUGGCGAGCUGGAAUGAUCACGUCCGCCUGAAUGCGCUUUUCGCUCGGUCACAUGUGGGGGGGUUGUUUGGAGGCACCGUCUAUAACCCUGACCCCAAGGAGAGAAAUUGAUGAGAAGGUCCGGAACAGAGAAAAGUUCCAGACAAGGGAAGAAGAAUAAAGAGAGACAAGAAAGAGGAGACUUGUCUUUUGCAGCAUAUUUUGCCAACAUUGUUGCUUGUUACAUUGUGCUGCUCUUGUUAAUGUCCAGAUACCUACUUGUACUUUUAUGUACCAUACGCUGUGUAUAUUAU